AUGACAUCCGGCCUUCUUAACCAGGGAGAGCGCAGAGAUCCUCAUCCGUACCUGUCAGGCAAUUAUGCGCCCGUCAGGACGGAACUGCCGCUAACAGCUUGCCGCUAUGAGGGCCGUGUACCGGAUGAGUUCCGAGAUGGACAAUACUGUAGAAAUGGUGGCAACCCCUUAUCAGGCGAGGACGAGAUGAGGGACGCGCACUGGUUUGAUGGCGAUGGUGAGUGAUGCCAAGGCAUAUAUGCGAUAGAGGUUGGUGAGGCGCAGCCGUAAGCUGACUCAGGUGCUAUCACAAUGUGAUCCAGGCAUGCUCACUGGAGUGCUUUUCAGACGCAUGCCGGAUGGAAGUGUCAGACCAGAGUUCAUCAAUCGCUACGUCUUGACAGAUGUGCUGCUCGCCACUUCGCCCCGCUCGACUCGACCUUUGCUACCCAGCAUUGCCACUUUCUCCUCGCCCUACAUCCCUCUUCUGAGCGUCUUGCUAGGCGUCCUGCGUACACUCGCGCUCUGUCUCUUGACCUGGCUACCAGGCUCGGGCUGCUCGGCCGUUGAGGAGCAAGAACGGAGGCUCAAGCGGAUCAGCGUGGCAAAUACCAGCGUGUGGUUUCACGAUGGGAAAGCUUUUGCCGGGUGCGAGAGCGGUCCGCCACUGCGGGUAUUGCUGCCGGGCAUGGAGACGGCCGGAUGGUGGUCUGGACAAGACGUUGCAGACCGAGAUGUCGAUGACUCCGAGGUGGAGACUAAGCAUCGCAAGUCGCAUGGGUGGGGCAAGUCUGGCGUGGCAGGGUUGUUUGCAGAGAUGACAACAGCACAUCCGCACGUGGACCCAAAGACUGGGGAGCUGCUUCUGUUUCACAUGUCUUUCUUUGCGCCAUUCCUCAGGGUCAGCAUCAUCCCGCCCAAGAAAGGAUCCGCUGAAGGCGACAGCAGGUCUCGAGACCAGCGGCAAGGAGCGCAAGCACCGCUUCUCGGCGUGGAAGUACCGGGCAUCGCGCAGCCUAAGCAAAUGCACGAUGCCGGCUGGUCAUCAAGGCACGGCAUCAUGCUGGACUUGCCGCUUUCCCUCGAUCCUCGCAACAUGCUGCGAGGUAGACCCAUGCUGCACUACGACUCUGCUGGGCCUACCAGAUUUGGCAUCUUUCCGCGAAGGGAGCCCGAAAAGGUCGUGUGGUUCGAAGAGGCUCAAGCUUGCCUCAUUUUUCACACUGCCAACGCUUGGGAGGAGCAGAGUGAAGAUGGUCGAGAGAGUGGUGCGGUGAGCUUGUUGGCUUGCAGACUCAACAGCGCAACGCUAGUCUACAGUGCUGGCAACACCAUACCUCCGCCUCACGCGCUGCCUCCUGGCGGCCGAGCGGAGCAAUGCCGUCUCCACUACUGGCGCUUUCCCGACAUAGAGCAGGAUCGUCAGCCAGCACUCACAUUGCCGCGACGGCCAAGCCACUCUUUUGCGCUCAGUGCCGUACCUUUCGAAUUUCCCACGAUGAAUGAAGCUUGCGCAAUGUCCGAAGCAUCGUUCGUAUAUGGCGCAUCUAUGCGUUCAGGCUCUUUCGACGCUGGCUUGGGACGACAAAGCGCCAAGAUAGAUUGCUUGGCCAAGAUCGAUGCGGCCAAGCUUGUAAGGCGGGGACUCGAGCAGGGCAUCGGGACAGAGGUGGCAGGGUUUUGCGUGGACGACCGCACGGUGCAGGACAUUCUUGACGAGCAAGGAGCGCAAUUCGAAUGCGCACACGGAUCCUCAUCCGACCAGAGCAGCGCUUCAGCCGCCAUUCGGAUCUUUGCACUGCCUCCCAAUCACUUUGCUCAGGAAGCAACCUUUGUACCGCGCAGAGGUGCAAUGCAGGAAGACGAUGGAUGGCUAGUCUUCUUUGUCUUUGAUGAGUCUCAGCUGGACGACGAUGGGCGCGUGCUACACGAUGCGACGUCUGAGCUCUGGAUUCUGGAAGCGAAGACGAUGCGCGACGUGAUUUGUCGGGUCAAGUUGCCUCAGCGAGGUGAGUGCGCCCGCCAUCACUGCCGCAUUUCCUUGACAUGGCCGUCCUGACGUGACGUGGUUUGGUUGCAUUGGUGCGUAUUCAGUCCCUUAUGGCCUUCACGGACACUUUUUCAACGCGCAAGAGAUUGCUUCUCAAGAGCCUUUGAACGAUGAGCAAAUCAGAACUUGGAUACUGGCCUCUCAGGGAGUUGUCGGACCCGGUAUGGGCACAGGCGGCAAGCCGGCCGUCGACCUCUAUGCCGGACCGCUCGCUUUCCAAAGACGGGUCACUGCUGCGAUGCGCUCCACGCUAGAGUCUUGGCUCCUUUGA